AUGAGUCGAGAAGACCUGGGUCCUCUCCAGCGCGAGAAGGCCGAAAGGUUCCUGGGCAACGCUCGGGUCUCAGUGAACUAUAUAUCGUUUACAAAUGAGAAUAUUCUUUCUCAGGGAGAAAAAAAAUGGGUUACGGAACUAGUGAAAGUUGUGAGCCAGGCACAAGACAAACAUGAAGAGCCAGAUCACAAAACUCGGGUUCUUAUCCCCAGAGAGAAGUACCCCGAAGGGUCUGAUGGGAAUGUCCCUAAUCUCAAAGUAAGUUUGGAAGGUCUUUACGGACGAUACUGGGUCGCAGCAUGUAAGAUGGUAAAUAGCAGGAGCGAUGUACAAUGGGAAGUUGAAGUGUACUCAGACGACAUGUCUGAAGGACUGAAAAAGUAUCUAGGCACGGAAUAUGUGCCAAACCAUGCUGCCAACAUCCUCUGGGAAAUUUAUAAAAUUAAAGACUCUGACGGAAGCGAGACAAGCAUAGGUCUACUAUUGAAGCAGCUGAAUCCUAGUUAUGUAACUCGCAUCCGAAGUCUAGUGUACAGUAAAAAUCAGAAGUAUCGUGAAUUCAGUAACGCACUUCGUGAUGUGCUUAAAAUGCCGGGCCAACGGUAUGCAUUCUCAGCUGCUCAGGUUAAAUAUUUCCAAUCCUCCCAUUGCUACGAGGAACUCGCGUAUAGAUUGAAGUUCACUUCAGAGUUCUAUAUAUGGCUACUUUGCGAUCUAAAUACUACAGAGAAAGAUGUACUACAGAAAGUCGAUGAAAAAACUGUUCGUGAGCUUGAUGGCCUGGUUCCUAAGCUGGAAAAAAGAAGAGAGAUUUCAGAAAAAUUGGAAAAUGGAGAGAUUUUUUCCGAAUUUACUCGCGAGCAAAGAAAUGCGGUGAAAAGCAAACUAUUGAACUUUGACGGGAUGAUUCCGACUCUAGAGGGGUUUCGUCGAGAUUUUGAAGUCUUGAAAGAUUGUUCUACUUACAUCAAGGAACUUUGUUUGGGCAAGGUAACAGGUGACGAAACUAUCCGUUCAAGCAUGAAGAAAAUACAUCGCAGCAAUCAGAACGCCGGAUCAACCUACUCUACGACAGAGGAAUCUCCCUCAAUGAGUUUUGAUUUGGCAUACCAGCAAAUCUGGUUACACGUUAUGCGGAGUCUCAAGGGGAAAAAUUCGAAGCUGACCGCGAUCAGUCAACGACGACUAGGAGAGCUCGCUCAUUACCUACAGUUCAGUUCAGAAACGAUAGAUAAGACACGAGGCCUGGAUGGGCUUCGCACGGAUGUGAGCACCUUCAUUUCCACAUGCAAUCCCAAACGAGAGUACAUAUACGACCUGAAUCUUGAGAGCGACUUAGUUGAGAAGCUAAGGGAAUACAAGCCUGAGCGAGUGCCUCUUGAUCACGCUCUUGUAAAAGUGGGGAGCACAAGAUAUGGAUGGAUAGAAGACUGUAUAUCAGAUAAUUCUGAGAGCGUGGAAAACUGCGAUAGACAUAAUCUAUACAUUGAGCAAAUGUAUAAAGACAAAAUGGAUAGUAUAGUAACUACCCUCUUCGCGAGGCAGUGCAUGUUUUUCUCAUUCUUCGGGUUACUGAAGUAUAGGCACUCCACGUGGGACUCGCUGGAUGCUGAGAAUGAGGGACGAGGAGAAAAGCUUAAAAUGUCACAUCUGCUACGAGAUCCUGCUAUAUCACAAGAGCGGCUAGAAGACAUUGAAGACAUAGAAGAUAGGUCAGUCAGUAGAAACGUGGGUGAACAAGACGAGCAGUUUGCCACUCCCGGAAACAAUCAAGAUGGAGAUGCAACUGGUCAAGACAACCAAAAGGUUAUUGGCCUCAAUGAGAAUGAUGACAGCGCAUAUGAGACUGCACAGGAAGCAUCCGAUCAGGAUAACCACGACGCUAUUGAAAAUCACGAAAAAGAAGAAAACGUCAUAGAGGAAGUAUGCGAUCGAGACAGUGACCAAGAGUAUACCGGAUUCAACGACGGAAAUGACACAGAUAACGCAUCCAUUGAUGAAUACAUUGAAGCAACACCAACAUAUAGUAGUAAUAGAGCUCACUACUCUGAUGAUGACUCUAUAACUCCAACACAGAAAGCAUCCGACGAAGACGACAAAGAAUUAUUUAUUCAUUUUGAAGCCAAGAGACAAGAACUAUAUUUAGAAACGCGUCGCGAACACGGAAAGCAUCACGAAGAUGGUUUUGCUUUCGCUCAAGAAUGCAGGCAGAUUUUAGAAUCGAAUCUUCAGGGUAAAAUACCAAGAAAGAAGGAAUUGAAGAUCCGCCGAGAUCUACACAGAGCGAUGGAUUUUUUAUUGCUUGGUAUAGACAGGUUGUCUACGAAAUGGCUGCUGUCUCAGGAUGUUAACGACGCAAAAACAUCUGUACAAUCACUCACUGAAAGUGUUAAGACUGAAAGAAGAAUGAUGCAGACACAAUUCAAUGCAGCAUUGGAAAUUGCGACUGCGGAACAGAAUCAAAUCUACGAGGGCGAAAUUCAAGAGCUUCGCGAAAUGGUCAUUGUAAUGAAAAAUAGGGCUCUGCAAGAUGAGCAAGUCUCAAACGCCUAUAAGGAACUGGAACAGCGCAACCAAGAAAUAGAAAGUCUAAUUAGAGAUGUUCAGAAAUCUCUUAGUUUUCUAACCUUGAAAGAGAGUAAUCACGGAAUUGAGCCACAAUAUAAUGAUGAGAAUGGAAAGAUCUCUGAAUCUUUGAGGUUGGAUAUUGAAGAACGAAAUGAAGCUAUCAGUGACUUGCAGGAGCAGCUUAGAGACAAGGACGGUGCUGCUGCUGAAGCUAACUUAGACAGUAUGGAAAUCGAAACUGAGAAGUUGAGAGAGCGUGGGCAACAGUGCAGCACAGAAUAUGACGUUAUAACAAAAGAAUACAAGAAUUUAGAGAAGGAAAGGAACAAAGUGGUGGAAGAGAAGAAACAAUUGGAGAAAGAAAUAAAGUCUUACAAGGAGCAAUUACAAAGCAAGAAAGAAAUAAUUGACCAAUUGACAUUUGAAGCCAUGGAACUACAGGAAUUGGCUGGCGACCGUGCGAUUCAAACUGGGAGAGAAAUAAACUUCGCUUCUGAUCCAGAGGACGAUAAAAUCUUGUACGGAGCAUGGCCGCCCCAGGGAGAGUUGAACUUAAAAAAGAACGAAUGUGUGCCCCAGGGUAAUGCAGCGGUGAUGAAGGGAGCAGGAGAAAAAGAAGAGACGCAGCCAAGGAUUCGUAUAAAACGCAGAUAUAAGAAUGAGAACGACAUGGGACCCGCAGUAAAACUACAUGACCAAAAUUUAACGUCUAGAAAGCACCGCAGCCGUUCAGGGUCUUCGGGAAUUAUACACAAUAAUUACCGUAAACGGAACCCAAAAGGUGAACGAUAUAGCCUACGGUUACAAUAUCGCAAGGUGAACGGUGCAAAUAGAGGUGCCAAUUCUAGACAUGGCCAACUAGUCCUAAACACAUCUCCUAUAAAUGUCGAGUCCGUGGAGAGUCAAAUGGACCUAUCCGACACAGAUACAGCAGGCUCGGGCAAUCAGAGCACGGCCCAAAUAAGUGAAUCUAAGAAGAGCGAAAGAUCAGUGGAACAAUUAAAAGACCAAAGCGCAUGUGAUAUUGUUCAAAGUGGCAACAUGGCAAUAGUGCCGAAACUGAAGGGAGUAAGAAUACCGAGGGCCACCACACGAAUUGAGGCUACAGAGAGUCAAUUGGACCGUGUGACUACACCUUCCGCACAUGAUGGGGCUACAAAGAGUCAAGAAAGCUCGCCGAGCGUAUUUGCCGCAUAUGGAGAGGCUACAGAGGAUCAUAAAAGCCCACCAAGCACAUCUGCUGUAACUGUCGCAGCUACAGAAGAUCAAGGGAGAUCACCAAGCACAUCUUCUGUAGCUAUUGCUGCUACAGACGAUCAGGGGAGCUCACCAAGCACAUCUUCUGCAGCUGUUGACGCUACAGGCGAUCAAGGGAGCUCCUUGAGUACAUCUUCUGUAACUUUCGCAGCCACAGAAGAUCAAGGGAGCUUACUGAGCACAUCUUCUGUAACUUUCACAGCUACAGAAGAUCGAGGGAGCUCACUGAGCAUAUCUCCUGCAGCUAUCGCCACUACAGGCGAUCAAGGGAGCUCACUGAGCACAUCUUCUGUAACUUUCGCAGCCACAGAAGAUCAAGGGAGCUUACUGAGCACAUCUUCUGUAACUUUCACAGCUACAGAAGAUCGAGGGAGCUCACUGAGCAUAUCUCCUGCAGCUAUCGCCGCUACAGACAAUCAGGGGAGCUCACCGAGCACACCUUCUGCAGCUAUCGCCACUACAGAUGAUCAAGGGAGCUCACCAAGCACAUCUUCUGCAGCUAUCGCCACUACAGGCGAUCAAGGGAGCUCACUGAGCACAUCUUCUGUAACUUUCGCGACCACAGAUGGUCAAGGGAGCUUAUCGAGUGCAUCUCCUGCAACUGUCGCAGCUACAGACGAUCAAGGGAACUCCUUGAGCACAUCUUCUGCAACUGUCGCAACCACAGAUGGUCAAGAAAGCUUAUCGAGUACAUCUGCCACAAAUAUUGAGGCUAUAGCUACUGAACUACGGCAGUUAAGUAGUCAUAAAGGUAGCAAGAUUGAGGUUAACAGGACUAGCUGGAAUAACCAUAGCUUAUCAUCAAGGGAUUAUAGCGUAAAGGAUAGAUAUAAAGCUAUACCUAGAACUGCCCGAAACCCUAAGAUGUUGCACCCAAGACAAAAUCAUCAUCUAUAUUUGAAGGCUCUUCAAGACGGACACAAUCGUUACCGCAAACUGGGCUUACAAGGAAAAAGGAAUAGUCAAUCAUUGCGCUUUGAGAGUGUAAAUAAUAGCCAGACAGAUACAAAAGAUAUAUCUCAACAAGCAGAGAUAUCCGUUUUAUAUCCUCCCGAAGCCAGUGUUAUAGAUCAAACUGGCCAAUCUAUCACAUCGCCAGCAACUGUCCCGGCCCCAGAGGAUCAAGGGAGCUUACUGAGCACACCUUCUGCAACUAUCGCGGCUACAGACGAUCGAGGGAGCUCACCAAGCACAUCUUCUGCAGCUAUUGACGCUACAGGCGAUCAAGGGAGAUCACUGAGCACAUCUCCUACAGCUAUCACCGCUACAGACAAUCAGGGGAGCUCACUGAGCACAUCUUCUGUAACUUUCGCGGCUACAGAUGAUAAAGGAAGCUUAUCAAGUACAUCUUCUGCAGAUAUCGCCGCUACAGACGAUCAAGGGAGCUCACUGAGCAUAUCUCCUGCAGCUAUCGCCGCUACAGAUGAUCAAGGAAGCUUAUCAAGUACAUCUUCUGCAGCUAUCGCCACUACAGGCGAUCAAGGGAGCUCACCGAGCACACCUUCUGCAGCUAUCGCCACUACAGAUGAUCAAGGGAGCUCACUGAGCACACCUUCUGCAGCUAUCGCCGCUACAGACGAUCAAGGGAGCUUACUGAUCACAUCUUCUGUAACUCUCGCGGCUACAGAUGAUAAAGGAAGCUUAUCAAGUACAUCUUCUGCAGCUAUCGCCGCUACAGACGAUCAAGGGAGCUCACUGAGCACACCUUUUGCAGCUAUCGCCACUACAGAUGAUCAAGGGAGCUUACUGAGCACAUCUUCUGUAACUUUCACAGCUACAGAAGAUCGAGGGAGCUCACCGAGCAUAUCUCCUGCAGCUAUCGCCGCUACAGACAAUCAGGGGAGCUCACCGAGCACACCUUCUGCAGCUAUCGCCACUACAGAUGAUCAAGGGAGCUCACCGAGCACAUCUUCUGCAGCUAUCGCCACUACAGGCGAUCAAGGGAGCUCACCGAGCACACCUUCUGCAGCUAUCGCCACUACAGAUGAUAAAGGAAGCUUAUCAAGUACAUCUUCUGCAGCUAUCGCCACUACAGGCGAUCAAGGGAGCUUACUGAUCACAUCUUCUGUAACUCUCGCGGCUACAGAUGAUAAAGGAAGCUUAUCAAGUACAUCUUCUGCAGCUAUCGCCGCUACAGACGAUCAAGGGAGCUCACUGAGCAUAUCUCCUGCAGCUAUCGCCGCUACAGACGAUCAGGUGAACUCACCGAACACAUCUUCUGCAGCUGUUGACGCUACAGGCAAUCAAGGGAGCUCACCAAGCACAUCUUCUGUAACUUUCACAGUUAUAGACGAUCGGGGGAGCUCACUGAGCUCAUCUUCUGCAACUGUCGCGACCACAGAUGGUGAACAAAGCUUAUCAAGUACAUCUGCCACAAAUAUUGAGGCUAUAGCUACUGAACUACGGCAGUUAAGUAGUCAUAAAGGUAGCAAGAUUAUGGUUAACAAGACUAGCUGGAAUAACCAUAGCUUAUCAUCAAGGGAUUAUAGGGUAAAGAAGAGACAUAAAGCUAUAUCUAGAACUGCCCGAAACCCUAAGAUUUUACACUCAAGACAGAAUCAUCGUCUACGUUUAAAGGCUCUUCGAGACAGACACAAUCGUUACCGGAAACUGGGCUUACAAGGAAAAAGAAAUAGCCAACUAUUACAGUCUAAGAGUAUCAAUGAUAGCCGGAUAAAUACGAAAGAUAUACCUCAACAAGCAGAAAUAUCCAUUAUAUAUCCUCCCGAAGUCAGGGAUAUAGAUCAAAUUGGCCAAUUUAUCACAUCACCAGCAGCUGUCUUGGCCGCAGAGGAUCAAGACAGCCUACCAAGCACGUCUUCAGCACCUGUCGUGGCUACAGAGGAUCAAGAAAACCUUUCAAGCACAGAUAGAGUAGGCCCCGGGACUGAGACCACGACUCAAAUGGAAACCAAAAAGCGCAAAGCUUCAAUCGAAAAAUUAACAGACCAAAGUGCAAGUUGGGAUGGGCGCAUGACACUCUCGUCGGGAUCAAACAAAAGACUGAAAAUCAGCAAAGGAAGCAAAACAGACACAAUAGAUGAAUCUAAUACAGGCGUCAAGGCUAUAAAUAGUCAAUUGGGCGGGUUAAGUACGUCUCCUGGAAUUAUCGAUACUACAGAUGCAUCUCCAGAAAAUACAAAUACUAUAAAUAUAUCUCCCGCGAAUGUUGAUACUACAGAUGAAUCUCCCACAAAUUUCGAUGCUGUAGAUGCAUCUCCCGCAAAUGUCGAUACCGCAGACGGUCAAAUUCAUCUAUCCAGCACGGAUAAAGCGAGUGUUCAGGCUGCAGCUGGGGAACCACAUGGCUCGUCCCUACCACGCCCUUACAAUUUGAAGCGAAAAAGGUCGGUCGAGAAAUCAGAACAGCAAGAUGCAUAUUAUAUUUCUUGGGAUAAUAGCAACAUAUUAGGGUCAGAAUCAAAGAAGAGACCGAGAAGUACCACACAAAGCGGAACAGCCCCAAUGAGGGUAGCAUCCUCACCAGAUAUACCUGAUACAGAUGUUGAUACUACAGAGAGUCAACAGUACGGAUUGAGCACGUCGCUGGCAGAUAUCGAUACUACGCUUAUGUCUGCAAAAGACAUCAAUACUACAGAUACAUCUCCUGAUAACAUCGACACUACAGUUACAUUUUUUGAAAAGAUUGAUACUACAGAUCCAUCUCCCACAAAUAUCGAUACUACAGAUGGACCUCCCGCAAGUGUCCUUGCUACAGAUGGUCAAAUGGACCUAUCUAGCACAUAUACAGCAGACGUUCAGGCCACGGCUGAGGAACCACAUGACUCUGAUAUAGCACCCUCCGAGAUCAAGGAAAGACCAAAUAGCAAAGAUCAAUCUAACAAUUAA